UAUACAUCGCCUUUCUAGUCAUCAUUAAUACUUCGGUCACUCGUCGCGAUUGAGACCUUGUGGCCUGCGAUGCUGGUGAAUUAUUGACGACGGCCUGCCCGAGUAUGAAGUCGACGUACGCCGCGUAAUCGUAACGCUCGACCGAUCCCAAUCCGCUCCUCUUUAUUAGUCGCCGCUCAACGCAUCGUCGUCCGCUCCCACCAUGGUGUCAGUGCCAACUGUAGGCGCCGCGGCUCCUGCAGCCGCCCACAGUACGAAUGCAAGCACGCGAAGCUCACCUAGUGCUCCCGCUGGCACCUCAUCGAAACCGAAACCCAAGGUGAAUUCUAAUGGAUACCACCCGAUCAAUCCACAGACACCUCUCAGCUCACUCACGAGUGCUCCGCUGGAUCUUACCUCCGUCGAACGUCGCGGACAGCCCACCGCAGUCAGGGAACCAGUCGUCAAGCAGAGCCGUCCUCACGGUCUACAAGAAGCACCGACGUACCGCCCAACGGAGGAGGAAUGGAAAGACCCUUUCGAAUACCUACGGAAAAUCACACCUGAAGCAAAGAACUUUGGCAUCUGCAAGAUUAUUCCUCCAGAUUCUUGGAAUCCAGAGUUUGCCAUUGAUACCGAGAAAUUCCACUUUAGAACCCGAAAACAAGAGUUGAACUCGGUGGAAGGGAGUA